AUGUUACGCGCAGGCCUUCAAUGGGUGAAUGGCUAUAUGCAUUGGCUUGCAGGGAGAAAAGCCACGAAAAAUAGCGGGAUAGUACAGACCACUAGCAAUAGCCCGAUAGUACAGUCCAAUAGCAAUAGCCUGUUAGUGGCUGCCAUCGAUUUUGGAACGACGUACUCCGGAUGGGCAUUUUCAUUCAAAAAUGACUUCAAAUCUGAUCCAACCAAAAUAUGUGUUAAGAAAUGGCAUGAAGGCGUACUUACUUCUCUAAAAUGUCCAACGUGCGUGUUAAUCCAAUCGGAUGGGGAAACAUUGGACACGUUUGGAUUUGAUGCAGAGACAAAAUACAGCGAGCUAUGUGAGACUGGUGAACAUAAAAAGUGGUACUACUUUCAUAGAUUUAAAAUGAUGCUUUGGAACAAGCGUAUUCAUGAAUAUACAAUGCUUGAUGACGAAUCUGGAAAAAGCCUUCCAGCUCGAACAGUGUUCUCCUUGUCAAUUAGGUUCAUGAUGGAUGACUUGAUUAAGAUGUCUCAACAGCAGGUCAUUGGUCUCGAUGCAGGCGACAUACAUUGGGUACUCACUGUUCCUGCUAUAUGGGACGAUUCAGCAAAACAGUUUAUGAGACUGGCGGCUCAAGAGGCUGGAAUUGCAACGGAGAAGCUGACUAUUGCGUUGGAACCAGAAGUUGCAUCGAUAUAUUGCAGACACCUACCACUUCAAAAAGAAGGAGAUAGCGAUAUUGCAUCAUUCCGCACAGGAACAAAAUAUUUGAUCCUAGAUGCUGGAGGUGGCACAAUAGAUAUCACUGUACAUGAAGUUUGUUUGGGUGGUGAACUGAAAGAAGUGCACAAAGCCACUGGUGGUGCGUGGGGUGGAACGGUCGUGGACCAAGCCUUCAUGGACUUUUUGGGGCAGUUGAUCGGGAAAGAUAAACUAGACAAUUUCAAAAAAGAUCAGAUGGAAGACUAUUUAGACUUAAUGAGAGAUUUUGAAGUAAAGAAAAGAGCCACUGAUUUAACAACUGAUCGGAAAGUAACACUGAGGCUUGCGAUCGAACUUUUAGAAGUAUUAGAGGCGAACAAUAGGCAGAUAAUGACACAAUUUAUGCAGACCUUUAAACACGCGAGUAAAAUCGCUUUGGUUAGCGGAAAACUUCGGUUGAACUUCGAAAUUUUCCGAUCGUUCUUUGUGGACGCAGUUGAUAAUAUCUUGCAACAUCUCUCGUCGUUGCUACUGAAGCCUGAGACAUCAGGCGUGGGGACAAUUCUGAUGGUAGGAGGCUUCUCAGAGUCUCCGUUACUCCAAGAAGCCAUUCAGAACAAGUUCCCCGCAAUGAAAAUCAUCGUUCCACAAGAAGCUGGUCUUGCUGUGCUGAAAGGAGCGGUCAUCUUUGGACAUUGUCCGACCUCCAUUAAAUCACGCGUUUCAAAAUACACGUAUGGUACAGAUUGUACUGUUCCUUUCGAUGAAACCCAUCAUCCAUUAGAAAAGCGGAUACUUUGUGAUAGUGGCUACAGAUGCGAUGAUAUAUUUGAUGUUUUGGUUAGAGCAGGUCAAACACUCGUUGUAGGUGAAAAACAGCAUGCUGCAGAGUAUGAUAAUAGUAGUGUUUAUCAAUCGGGUAUUGAGUUCAAUAUGUUUUACACUGCUAAAACAGAUGUUAAAUUUAUAACCGAUGAUGGUUGUAAGAAAGUUGGUUCGUUCAAUGUCCCAAUAUCUGGCACUGGUUUAGGGCGAUCUGUUAUAGUUCGAGUAAUGUUUGGUGGCACAGAAUUAGAGAUUGAAUGUGAAGAGAAAUCCACCGGUCGCAUAACCAAGGGAAAAAUUAACUUCUUGCAGUAA